GUUAAUGUUGCAUCCACUGUUGAGUUGUUCCUCUUGGUCUAGUGAACAACAACCUGCACAACACAUAAUAAAUUAUAACACCACAACAGUAGCCUCUACAACAACAAGUUUUGUGAAGCCUGUACAGUAUUACAAGACAGAGAUGAUGGCAGACUUAUCAAAAGGUCCUUUAGCAAAUAUUUUGCAGAAUAGUAUUGAAAAUAUACUAUCAGCUGAGCAGCAAGUGCAAGACAAGGAUGUUGCCCCCCGAGAGAAUGACGAUUUUGCUCUGGAUAAGUUUUGGCAGGACAUGAAUGUAAUUACCCAAAAGCUCUCCUUUGAAUGUACAAAAGUUGGUAUUUGCUUCACCAAAUCUCCAGUGCCAACACCCAGUGAAACAUCCAGUCUGAUGACUGGUGUGGAGGGAGCAGUUCUCGCCAUGGUGUCUGUCUACUUCAGGCUCUCCCCUAAGUAUGGCAGUGUUCUCCGUUCUAAUGUUCGGCAUGCAGUUGUUCGAGCCAUUCAAGCUGCUCGAAACCUCUUGAAAGUUAUAAAGGAUGAAGGUGGUGAAGCUGUAGCCGAAAGGUAUCAUCACUCAACUGGCAUUGUGUGGCAGGGAUGUGGAUCACUUGAAGUAUGUCCUCGUGAUAACAAAGCAGCAGUACUGAAGGAACUGCGAGGACAGAACAGCCUUGUCUCAGAUGCCUUCACUGAAAUAUCUGAGGCAAUGGAAGGAGAUGGAAGUGGGUGGAAUUGUAUGGGAGUAGACAGUGACGAUGGCAUGGAAGAAGAUGAGAAGUGGACAAAUGAAGACAAAGAUCUUAUAGGUCCCUCAGUGAACCUUAUCAAGGCUGCCAAGAUACUUUACAAGCGAGUGUUAGCAGCAGUAGAGAAGAACGGUUCAUGUACAGGUGAAGACAAAGUAAAAGAACUUGACCAGCUGUAUGAAGAUUGUAAUCUUGUGUCCAGAACUGUUGACACAUUAAUACUAGAACUGUAUCCUCCACUAAAUGUUUCUAGUAUGGAAGAACAGUCUCAUUAUCUGGCAAACUUAUUGAGAACAGCCCUGAAGACAUGCAUCCACAGCCACAUUGUCAGUGAAGCAGAACAACCACACAUUGAGUUUGUAUACAAGGCCAUUGAUCACAAUCUUGAUCGCAUGAAAGAAAAACUGAGCGAGAAGUAAAGUUACUUAUUACAAUGAUCUUGUUAUAUAAUAUUGGAGUGUAUUUUAUUGAACCUUACAGAACUUGAGCUGUGAAUAUAUUUCUAUACAGGAAGUCUCUGGGUUAUGAAUAGGUUACAUCUUUAAAAUUUUGCCUGCAAGUCAAUUGUUUGUACUUUGAACUCCAUUUCUCAUAGAUACAAUGUUAUACAGUAAAUGGUGAUUCUCGGUUACCAAGUCAGCCCAUAAUUAGGCUGAAAUAUUUUACAUUUACAAUUAAUUAUUGUAGAUAAUAGUGCUGUUAUAAUACAUCCAAUAAAACAAAAUAGAACAAUAACAAAAUGGA